AUGUCCCUCUUGCGCGAAGCAGAGAGAUGCAUCGCCAAUCAGAGCUCUUGCGCUGCUCUGAAUGCAUUGACUAGCACAUUGUGUCACCCGAGCCAAUGGCAGAAUCAAGUCAAAGAAGCCGAUAUCCGGAGAGCAGAAGGUCAACCCAGAUCGCGAAUCGACGGCCGACUAGUAGUCAUUAAGGACAACAUCUGCACACGCGACCUCCCAACCACAUGCGCUUCGAGAGCUCUAGACACGUUCAUCAGCCCAUUCAACGCUACUGUCGUGCAACACUUGGAGGAUGCUGGAGCCAUCGUGGCCGCCAAGGCCAAUCUUGACGAAUUUGGGAUGGGAUCCCACUCGGUGAAUUCUACUUUUGGUCCGGUCAGGAAUUUGUACCGCAAUCGCAAUGCAGAGGAUCUGUCGGCCGGCGGCAGCUCGGGAGGCAGUGCAGUGGCUGUUGCUACAGAACAAUGUUACACAGCAUUGGGUACUGACACGGGGGGCUCUGUUAGACUUCCUGCCGCCUACACGGGGGUUGUGGGCUUUAAGCCUUCUUACGGACUGAUAUCCCGUUGGGGGGUAAUUGCAUAUGCAAAUUCAUUGGAUACGGUUGGUAUACUCGGAAGGGAAGUGUCUAGAGUACGUGAUGUCUUUGACAUCGUAAAUCAGCACGAUCCGCGUGACCCAACUAAUCUAUCCCCUGAUACUCGAUCACGCAUUUAUGCCCACCUCAAAGCACCUCGCCUCGAGUCUCGCAUGACGAGACAAUCCCUCAAAAUUGGUGUCCCAGUUGAAUACAACAUCUCUGAGCUUGCUCCUUCUGUGCGACGGGCCUGGUCUCGUUCACUGAAUUACAUGCUCCAGCAGGGACAUUCCGUUCACUCGGUAUCUCUCCCAACAACUAAGCUUGCCUUGUCAGCGUAUUACGUCCUUGCACCCGCUGAAGCGUCUUCCAACCUGGCUAAAUACGAUGGAGUCCGUUAUGGAACGAGCUUUGAUGGUAACCACUGUGACCCUCAGAAUAACAGCUAUCUCUACGCAAGAGCGCGAGGCGAAGGGCUCGGCUCUGAAGUCAAAAGAAGAAUCUUACUUGGAGCAUUCAGUCUCAGCGCUGGCGCUAUGGACAACUACUUUAUACAGGCGCAGCGCAUCCGACGUCUCGUACAGCGAGAUUUCAAUGCGGCCUUUGUGGCUACUCAUCCACUGAUGCCUCGUCGACGCGAUGGAGGUGAUGUGGAACCCGAGAAGAGUCAAGCUCAAGUUGAUGUUCUGAUAUGCCCGACGGCACCGUCUUCGCCGCCAACACUGUCGAGCCUUAUGGGCGAAAGGGCGAAUCCCUUGGAUGCUUACACAAAUGAUGUUUUCACGGUGCCUGCCAGCUUGGCAGGUCUCCCGGCUGUCUCGGUACCCGUAAUAUUAGAAAGCACCGAGAGCUUGGCCGGCGUUCAGAUAAUAGGCCAGUAUGGCGAUGACGCACUAGUCUUGAAAGUGGCCGAAUUACUCUCCGGUAAGCGCUUCUAGAGAUCAAUUUAAGAUGUGAUAGACAUCAGUUUCCCACGAAAAGAACCUUUGUGAUGUCAUCUCAGACUUGAUGGUUGCAUCAAAGGAGAAGCCACUCGUGACUCGUGGACCCGACGUAGUACAGUAUGCAAAGUCUUCAUGGGGGCACAAUG